AUGGCACCUCCUGCAGGCACCAUCAAGGUGGUGCACCGCCAAUCGCUCAAUCUGCCGCGCGACAACGGCGUUGGCCCAGGAGCAUGGGGUAACCGGCUGUCCAUGGACUCCGCCGACCGCCGAGGGCCCCCUGAGCAGCAGCAGCAGCAGCAGCAGCAGCCGCGCCAGCAGCAUGAGCUCGAGGCAGCAGUGGCGGCCCUAGAGGCAGAGAAGGCGGCGUUGCAGCGGGACCUGACGCGCGCAUCCCUGGAGCGCGACCGCGCCCUGGAGGAGGCGCGGCGCCUGGCGGACGAGUGCCGGCUGCACAAGCAGGGCUGCACGCGCGCGGAGGACCUGGUGCGCCGCAUGUCGCGGGACGGGGAGGGCGCGGCCGCGACCAAGGUGCGGCUGGAGGACCACAACAGGCGGCUGCUGGAGGAACUCAGGUAG